AACUGGAUUUGUAUACAAAUUUUUAUUUUCACACUGUUUACAUUCCCAUUUAUGGGAACGGAACCAAAAACUUGAAGCAAUUUUUAUAUAUUUCGGUAGCGCUUUUAUAAAUUUUCUUGUAAGCCUCAUAGAGCUAAGACAUAAAUGUACGAGUGCAUUCGUUGUGGUCAUCGAAGGAACAGUUUGAGUCCUCGGAUUGGCGACAAAUUCAAGUUCGGCAGAGAGGAUUACGUUGAGGGUGCUUCCAGCUGGUGUAACUUGUGCAGCGAGUUGACCUUCUUUAUAAAGCGCAACAUUGACCGUAAUUCAGUUACUCUACUUUACCGCAAUACUCUGGAUUUGAUUGAGUCGGCAUCAACUUCUCGCAAAAGUUUGGAUAUUCGGAACUCGCAGGACGCAAGUAUGGCUAAGCAGCAGCAAAAUUGGGCCGUGGAGGCCGUGGAUCCUCCGAAAAACGGGGCAUCCUACACUGUACUGCCCAACAGGCGUGGAUAUGUGAAUCGGAAUCUUCAGAUCCCACUUGAUAGUGGUGGCCCGCCACCCAUUACACCACUUAACGUGUCCUUAAAUUAUAGUACUCGACCCCAGACUGAUAACAGGAUCCGACGCAACUCAAUCCCAGUAAAAAAGACAAAAGUACCUGAAAUGCAGCCGCGAAAUGCAAGAUCUCCAAAGGUUAAAGGCAUUGAACUCUUACGAUCUACCCCACCCAAGCAUCUGAGUCCAGAAUUACCCCUAACUCCGGAACGUCGCUUGCCGCCCGUUAAUCCGUACAAGAUGACCCAGAGGCAUCGCGAUGACCAACUUCAAAAAUCAGGCACAUCAAACAAGAAAGGGGAAGGUUCAGAACUGUAUAUGGCAUCUUCUGGUCCGAGUUUUACGCUCAAGGAUAUCGAGAAGCUGCAGCGACGCUUUGCUGCCGAUGACUCCGAGCCGGGAACUUCCAGGCAAGGCAGUCAUGUUGAAAGCAUCCCCAGGAGUCACGGGAAUGCUUUAAAUUCCAGCCACAUUAUGUCCCAAAAAAAACUUACCGAGAAACGGCGACAAAUGAGGAAGUUGGCCCUAAUGCGAUCGAGGCUGAAGCUUAAAUAUCAGAUGACUCAAACGGAACUGGACGACAUGGAGCAGAGGAUUCAUCGGUCGCCAAGAGGACGAAGUAAGCGACAGAGCGGUGGAGCCCAUAUAUCAUUAUCACGACUAGCGUUGAAAAUCGGUAAACCAGUAGAAGAAAGCCGGAAGUUGCCCAAGGAGGAAAAUCAUGAAACCCUACUGAAAGCUCUAGGCGAAGAUAAUGUACCCUUUAUGAACGAAAAUAACUUGGUCAAAGAUCAGAAAUCGCUGGAAAGUCUGAACCCAUUGGAUACACCUCUGGCCACGGAAACGGAAACGGAAAAUGUUACUGAAACCGUUCCCAAUAGCGAUUUGGGUUCGGAAAUGGAAAUACCUUUAGAUAACACCUCAUCGACGACUUGUGAAUCUGUGAGGACGAACACUAUUUAUAUACCCUUGCCCUGCCAGCUGAGAAACCCCUUUGCGUCCCCCGCCAAAGUGGGCUACUACAUGCCCACUGCCUAUCAUCCCAAGGAUAAUUUCAAGCAAUCGCAGCCUGCGGUCCCGUCUCCCAGGCUGUGCACCCUGGUGUCCUCGGCACAACGGGCACUCUUCGCGCGCUUCGUUAACGAUCCCUUGGAUAUAGUAAAGCUCAUCCGAAGUAUGGACGAAUCGACGGAAGUCACCCUGAACGCGCCCAGAGCUCAGUUCUCCACCAUAGCUUGUGCGGAGACGGAUCUGCUGUGCCUGAUUGAGAAGAAACCCCAUGUGACCAGUAUUGAAAGAGCCAAGGAACUGGAUGUUUCCCGAUCACCAGUCCGUUGUCCCGAUUACGACUGCCAGCGGCUGUGUUUUGUCUCGGAUUUUAAUACCCAUAUUUUGCUUGAUCAUCGAUCCUUAACCAUGGAGCGGAUUAAGACGAGGCAUACCAAGACCUUCUUCUUGGACACCAACAUGACGAUGCUGGACAAGGCCAAGUGUCACAUGGUUUAUAUGGUGCGGGAUAAGAUUAUCGACACCCAGGCCGAGGAUAUGAACGAUCUGUUGCCCGUGAUGGUGAUGAGUGGCCGCACCCACAUAUCCAAGUCUUUCGGUUAUGCGGAACAUUGGGCUACCGGAGACCGUGGUCGGCAAAAGCCCACUUCCGAUAUAGAGAUCUUUGUUCUCUGGCUGACCGGAUUUAUACCACGUGAUGUGCAACCACUGGCUACCGUUUCGCUGUGGUCCACUCUGGGUCCCAAGAUGGCCGAUUGCGUUGGCGCUAACACUGGUUAUAUCUACGAUAUCCGAGCGCCCAGCGAUGUGGCGCGAAUCGUCCGCAGUCGGUGUUCCAUGAUCCUGCCCAUGAGCAUGAUCAUGAAAAUGACCAACAAUGCGCGCAGAUUCCUGGCCAUUCAGGUGCAGGUUUAUUAAAUUUUCCAGUACUGAUGAAAUAGAUUUUUUAACAUA